UCACACGUCACGCCUGAAUUACUAAAAUGCAUAUAUAACGAAUUUAUAUCCUAUAUGUACAAUAAACUUUGUUAGAAUUUUAAUCACAUAAAUUUUGAAAUAAAUUGUUAGAGGAAAAAUUUUACAGGAAAAUUGUGUAACACGUAAACGAUGGAAACGAAUUGCUGUUGGUACUAUUUACCGUUAUUAUAUUUUAUUAUUGCUGCAACAGUAAUUAUAGAAUCAGUUUUAUCAGAGAAAAGAAUAGCAUGGAACUGAAGGAUUCUCUUCACACGUAGAUAUUAGCCCGCGUGAUAAAUGUAUUAAAAUUGCACGCCCAACUUGCGAUAAUAUGACGCAUAUCCUUUUCCUUUUUGCGGGACGAUCGGACGAUUGCAGUGACACGUCACUUCAUUUUCUUCACUCCUUUCGUCGUAAACUAUCGCAAGAAAGAAAUUGUCUUUUUUCCCGCUUAAUCGGCACGCAGUCGUACUGAUUAUAAUUACAUAAUCGCUCGUAAAGGAACUCGGUGAAACGCAUAAUGUAAACAAGUAACAUCGACGAGGCCAAUUUGCAUCUACAUUUUCAUUGCUGGUUUUACAAUCGUAUACAUAAAGCUCGGUGCGUUCUCGGCCUUAUAGGCGUUUCGAUAAUUGCAAAUUGUGUAAUCGCGACAUUUGCCGUUCGAGUUUCUCGCAUACCGCUUAGGGUGAAUUUCAGAUGGAUAUACAGCUGGACUUGUUGCAUAUCCGCGUAUCGUAUCAUCGUUGCGUAUCAAUUCUGUGAUUACAAUACGGUCGUUGUACCGUAUGAUAUCAUUGCAUUUGCAUAUAUGAAAAUUUUAAUACACAACGCUCACUGAUACCUACGCAACGAUACACGGAUACGUAAUAGGAUGUUCGAAGAGACUUUUGUGUAGACGAAAAAGUUGACGACCUCUGGAAUUAAUAUUACGAAAUAAAUAUCCUUGAAAUUUAUAUCUUAAUUGCACCGGUUUAAAUUAUUAAUAUAUAUGCCUUCCGUGAGAAAUGCGACAUAAAUCUGUCACGAAACCUUAUUUUGGCAAUUUCGUUGUAUAAAUGCGCGAGUAUCAUAAAAUACCAAGUUAUAAAACGCCGAAAAAACCAAGUAUUGUGACCAGUUAACCCUCAGAAUCCAUUUAAAGAAAUUUUAUUUCUCUUCCGCAUUGCGAUUAUGCGCGAGCCAUUUAAAAUGAGAUUAUCUUUUACCAAAAAUAAGUAAAUAAAUAGAAAUAAAUUCUAGAGAAAUUCGUUCGAGCGCUACUCGAUUCGUUUUCAUUCGCAUUCGCAUUGUAUAUCCAUAUAGGUAUCUUAACUUUCACGCAUGUAUUACGAUGUUAGAAAACGUUAUUUCGAAAAAAUUUAUUUCGAAAUGGUAGAACUGACUCUGUCGUAAUAGUUCUAAAUUAGAAACAUACAUAAUUCUCACGGCUAGAACAGCUGGUCGGCGCGUUUGUACGAACAUCUCUACGACUUUUUGCCCGCCCCAUGUGACGCUAUAACGGUUAGAAAAACAUUACGCUAUGUGGCACAUGUGAAAUUUCGUGCGGCCUUCGUCGGCAUUAGUAUUAGUUAAACGAAUUAACGUACCGUGGCAGGCUAUUCUAAUCAACCGUGAAACUCUUAUUUCUUUCGCAUCGUUUUCACAAUCUAUCAUUUGAUUAAAAAAAUGGUGAGUAAAAUAGCUCCUAAAAUUACAAGUGAAUAAUAAAUGACGCCAUUAUUUAUACUGUCAGUUAUAAAUACGUCAAAUUAAUAUAAACGAUGGGGACAUUCUACCAUCGCGGCUUAAUUAGUCAAUCAGAUAUAUAAUCAAUAAUUAAAUUAUCUCGGAAAUUAUCACUCGGAAAUUCGCUACUCAAAAUAGAUUCUUUCUCAUGCGAAUAUCAAAUAUCGAUCGCCGUCUAAUAUCUUAUACUCCGUCGUGAAAAUAUUCUGCGUUAUUCCCGCGACACUUUGACAUUCGUACUUGACGCAUAUUCAAUAUUCAAUGUCACACUUGCACCGUAUCACGAUUGGAGUUAGUUAAUACUUCCUCUCAAAGAGAAUAUAUCUUUUCGGAGGGGACGUUUAUGUCACGCACGCAUUUGCGACGAGUAUUUCCGACCAUACCCUGUACGAAUGUCCGAGCAGUGGUCACGAUAAUACGGCCGGAGGCGCGUGACGGAAUUUUUCUUAUUCAAACUGUUAUAAUUUACAACACUCGAAUUAUUAUAUUACGACACGUGUGAUUAUUGGAAUUCAUUUAUUACGUCUGAGUUCACUUGUUUGAAAUCAUCGACAUUAAAAUAUGAGAUACUUUCUAUUCGAUAACAGUUUUUUUCUUUCGACUGUCGGUUAGCCGACUUCCGGCUGGGUGAUACACGAGAAGAUGGAAGGUGCACUUUUACUUGGGCAACGCCGACAACCACCGAGGUUUCUUCGAUGUGGGUUCUUCUGAAGAAAUCGUGUUUGAAACCCAAAAAAUACCUCUAUCCUGUUCGCGAGAAUCCAAUCGAGGGGUACAUCUUUUAGAUCCUGCAAUUUUACUGAAAUGAGUCUCUCGGAGAUUUCGUGGUUCUUCAUCCUGAUCACGGUGUUUGAAACAGUAUUGAUCGCCAACUCGUUGACCGGGGAUCACGUGUGCUCAAGAAUAGAAAAUUACACGGUUACGUCGUACGAGACCUACACCGAGCCGGUCGUGGUCAACUCGUUCACCUGGUGCCUACAAAUUCCCCCGAGAUGCCCCAAGACGUGGACCGAACUACGACAACGAUAUCGUGUGAAGAAGGAGGAAAAAUCGAGGACUCUAGAGGAAUGCUGCGAGGGGUACAAAAAGACGGCUCUCGGCGAUGCGGAAACGGAUGCGAGCUGCUUACCGUUUUGCGAAAAAUGUGUGGCAGGUGCGUGCGUCGCACCGAACAGAUGCCAGUGCGACCCUGGAUAUUACGGAGAUGACUGCGCCCGUGCGUGUCCGUCGGGAUUCUGGGGUUCGCAAUGUAUGCAAGUAUGCAACUGCGGUGAGAGCGGUGCCUGCGAUCCUGCGAACGGCACUUGUCAAUGCUCUCCAGGACUCCAAGGAUCUCGAUGCGAGGAGCGUUGCGCGAUCGGGCAAUGGGGCCCGGGUUGUGCAAACGAAUGCACAUGUCAAAACCGAAAUAAUGUCUGUGAUGCCGUAACCGGAAGCUGCACCGACGACGACGCCUCUUCAGUCGAGCAAACGUCGCCCGUUUAUUUGCGGAGCUCUACUGCCGACCGUCUACCGCAAACACCGGGAAUUAGUAAUACGGAGCACACGGAGGUUGUCUCGGUGCCGCGUGGAACCACCGAGCGCCAAACGGAAGGUAUCAAUGACAGUUGGCACGACAUGAAUUACAUUCCGGAAACGACGAGUCCGGCAACAGCUUCGAUCGCGGCCCCUCCUCAAGGAACAGAGGACUCGGUAAAGGAAACGCAAAUGAAAGAUCCUUCCACCACUGCUCGGCCCGUGAUCGUUUUGGUCUCCGUUCCUGAACGCAGAAGGGACGUCGAGAAGGAUAGGCAAAAGUUCGCGACAAAGGACGCUCUUCUCAGACACGUCCAAAGCGGCAAAAGCACGAAUGUCGAUUACGUGAAGACCGUUCACAAAGACGACAUUCAAACAUCAACGCCGAUUCCGCUGGACAUCGCUCUGAUCGUCGUUGCCGCAAUCGUCUCCCUCGGCCUGACCUCGCUCGCGGUUGUUAUGGUGCUUCAUAUGCGCUCCAAGCUAUUCGAGACCAUCCGUCUUGCCGUCUACGACGACGAGAAGACCAAAGGCCAGGAACGCGAGAGCGUGAACGGCGGAAGGACGUCCGCGGUAGUGAACUCUGCCACUCUGCCCCCACCAGCACCCCCGAUCCGCGCGAGUCCGGUAUUUGCCAUUAAUACAGAACCGGAAACGAUACUGACGCUCGACGGCAUUGAAUCGCUGAAUACUUACGCUAACGGUGCCGCUACGAUCGGCCUGCGAAUUUCUGGUAACUUACGCGAUCUGUUACAAGACGGCCAUUACGACCGGCCAUCGGCAACUCUGAUACGUCUGCAGACAAACUUGGACCAUAACACGGAGCAUCUGUACGACGAAAUACCGUUUCAGACUACUCCAUUAUCGGAUCGCAAGGAUCUAUGAUGGAGAAACGUUUCCACUUACUACCACUCACGGUCCAGCCUAUCCGUAUCUUUAGCUAUAUAGUUUAAUAAUGCGUCAUCUCGUCGUGAAAAGACCUUGAAGCGUUUUUAGACGAAACGUGACCUGUCGUGGUGAAAAGUCAAUUGCUCGAGACCGAUGAAAAAUGUGUGAAAACUGGUUUCCGACCUUACGCAGUGCCGUUGAAUGCGCAAGGCUGAACGUGACUGUAAUUGAGUGGCACAGGCGCAGAAACAAGUCGUUGGAGCACCGUGCUGUCAGUGACCGACGGUAGAAUUUAAUCAGCGAGGCGUGUGCAGCUCCUUCUGAACAAACUAUUUCGUAGUUGUCGGGAUGACGUCAAAACGGGGGCGAAUGCACCCGAUUAUACGAUUGCGCGCGAAUGCGCAAUUAGGUGGAAAACUCGGAACAAUGGAAUCUCGUGUAACGAGCGGGGGGAAAAAUACAGCGCACCGACUGUCAUUAUCCAAAUCAUAUGAAACGUUUGUGUAUUAUAGCCUGCGGGGGCGGAGGCUACCUGGUUUGCGAAUAAACAGAUGCGAAAAUAAAUUGCCCGCUGCAUAAAUCUGGCAGUCUCGUUCAAUGCUGACGUAAUUUACUCGGUAUAAAUUACCGUUGCGCAAAUAAAUCUAUCGUAUAUUUAUUGAAGUUAACGUUACGAGAGAGCGAUCUUUUCACAUUUGCUUAUCGUCCCGUCGCUGAUAGAACGGCGACCGCGAUAUUGAUAUUAUUAUUACGAUUUCUUUAAUAAUCAGUCUCGUAAUCGCAUCCUGCGAAGAAAUAGUAAUGUUUUUCUAGGCGUGAAAAGCAUAUCCUGCGAUAAUACACCGAGUUUCCGAGUACAUCAGUAAUGAUGUGCACGUAAGCGAUAAUAUAACCGAUGAUACCAAAUUCGUUAUCGCGAGAGGAAGAGCACUUGAUGACUUUUGUGCCUCUGAAACUGAAACCAAAGAUAAAAAAAUCCUAUUUAAGGCAAAUGCAAUACAUGCAUCCUAAAGAAAAAAAAAUAACUAUCCAUAGUAAAUUAAAUAAAAUAAAUUGUGUAAGUAUAAUUGCGUAAGGCUUUAUUCGCUAGUUUAUUAUUACUUUUUAAGAAGUCACAUGUAACUUUAUAUACAGCGAUAUUUUUAUAAACUGGGGGAUAUUAUUAUUAUUAAAAAAUAAUAAUAAUAUUAUUAGCUUCGAUAUUUUUCUCCAAUGUUUUCCAUAAAAGAGGAGAGAAACUUUCCGUUUCUAUGUUACGCGAUAAUUUGAUGUAUCUCUUCGUUUUGCACUGAUUUUUUAUUUUACACUCGUUUCAAGGAAAUGUUAUUUGCAGUCAGCAUUAGCUUAUCGUAAUUAAAUAAACAAAUACCAUACAGUUAUCGCAUUUAACA